UAAUAUUUUGACGGUUAAAAAAAUGAAGUGCAUGACGCUGAUUUUGACAAUUUGCGUUUUUAUUAUAAGCGCAAAGUGUUAUGAUUCCGAGAAAAUUUCAGGAAAUCCACUUAUCCAUGCUCAUCCUUGUGUUGGAUCAGAAAACAUCGUAGUGUCAUUUGAACCAGGUCUUGCUCCAGAAAUAGAGAACCAAUACGGAGUUUACAUUACUAGAGAUUUCAUUAGUCAAUCGAAGAUCGAAUUAACACUUGACGGACGUGCAAAUGUUACUCUGAAUGACAAAGGUUAUGCAAGAAUUUACGCUAACGAUAAUAAGUUCGAAAUUCGUUUCUUCAAAGAGCAUGAUGGUGUCGGAUUUAAGGUUCAAGGAUUACCGUUUGCCAGAAUACCUUACAUCACGAGCCUUAUUAUAAACAGCAAAGAAUUCUGCAGUGAACCGUUAUGGGGAUAUCUUGACGAAUAUAUAAUAGGUUACAAAAACCACGCAGCGUCGAAGUAAAUAAUCAGAUGGAAACUUUGAAAUAUGCCAACUAACAGACAUUGUAUGAAUCGCUAAUAACCCUAAAUGAA